UCACUCACUCACUCACGGAGCGCCUGCGGGGAUAUUAAUUUCGAUCAAAACUGUAAUCCUUCCUGAUAACGCAUAACCCAACAGGCAGGCAUACAGAGACGGCCGCGUGUGCAGCAACGAUGUGGACGGUGGUGCUUGCUGCUCUUCUCUGUCCCCCUCUGAUGUUUCUGCUUGGUGCAUCAGAAGGAAGUGAUAUACAAGAAUGGGAAUUUAAGACAAGCAAACAACCUCAUGGCUUCAAGUCAACUGUGUUAAAGCGACACCAGGCGGUCUCUCUGCUGAUGUGCAGUGUUAAAUGCAGUCUGCUAACUGCGUGUGUCACAUUUCAGCACAAACGGUGGAAGUCAUCCUGCACUGUGUACCGCCGCUUCCGAGAUAAUGACGUCAUGACUGUGACGACAUCGUCUGUCCCUGGAGUUAUAUACUUGACAGCGAAUGCUCCCUGCAAGGGCCAACACUACGGCAAAAGGUGUUCCAAUAAUGCUGAAUGUUUGGAUCACUGGACACAGUGCAUUGACCAAGUAUGCAGAUGUCAACCAGGCUACAGCUUCAACCCAGGGUCCUGUUCAUGUAUCGAAGUGUGUGCGGAGUACGGAACAACCAGCAGCCUUCUUUCCCAUGGGUACUGCAUCACAGGCUACAACGACGCCGUGUACGUGAGCGUGUCCUCCCCCGAGGGCUGCAGGAAGAAGUGCGUGAGGCAGAAAUCCUUUCUAUGCAAAUCCUUCGAGAUAUGGUUGAAUGGGUGUUAUUUAUCAAGGGUCACAAAACUCGAUGUGGAAGCCAGGAAAUGGAGGCUGUUUCAUUCCUGCUCGUACUUUCAAAGAAACUGUGGGUAGACCCUUAAUUAUCCUCUGACGUUUGAUACUUCACAGAGAUGGAAGCAAUCUCGGCAUACAAACGUGUCGGGUUGAGGUUAUCCCCAAGUGUGUUCUUCACACUUAGUUGGUUGGUUGGUUUGUUGUUUAACACCGCACUCAGCAAUAUUCCAGCUAUAUGACGGCGGUCUGUAAAUAAUCGAGUCUGAACCAG